GAAAACAUGAGAUGGCCCAAUCGAAUGGGAAUCCGGAUGGGCCUCCACUCGAUAUCCUGUAUCUGGGCCAGGGCCCAGGGCCCAGAGCUAGUGAGUUAUUCUGCGACGGCAAGCAUGACGUCAGAGGUAUUGACUGAGACGUGUCCCCCCGCCAGGAGUUCCAGGCCGCCAUGGCUGGGAAGAAGUUCUCGUCCUACCACCUCGCCGCCGCCCUCCGCCGCGAGCUGGACCCCGCGGCCGCGCUGCGCCUCUUCCUCAACCCCCCAACCUCCGCCACCGCUCCGUCCUCGGCGCCGUUCCGCUACUCCCUCCGCUGCUACGACCUCAUCAUCUCCAAGCUCGCCGCCGCGCGCCUCUUCCCGGCCAUGGAGUCCGUCCUCUCCCGCCUCGCCUCCUCCUCGGCCCCCCGUCCCCGCGAGCAGCUCCUCUGCCGCGUCAUCUCCGCCUACGGCCGCGCCCGCCUCCCCGCCGCCGCGCGCCGCGCCUUUGCGCACCCGGCCUUCCCCGAGCCACGCACCGUCCGGGCGCUCAACACCCUCCUCCACGCCCUGCUCGCCUGCCGCACCCCCCUACACGACCUCCUCGCGGUCUGCCGCGACGCAAGGAUCCCGCCCGACGCGUGCACCUACAACAUCCUCAUGCGAGCCGCCGCAGCGUCGGUCUCCCUCGAGCACGCGCGACUCCUGUUCGAUGAAAUGCUGCACCGGGGCAUCGCGCCGACCGUCGUCACGUUCAGCACCUUUGUCGCCGCGCUGUGCGACGCCGGCCAGCUGGAAGACGCGUUCGAGUUGAAGGGAGUGAUGGUCAGGCAGUACAAACUGUCGCCGAAUGCUUAUGUGUAUGCGAGUCUGAUGAAGGGGCUUUGUGAGCAAGGAGAUGUGGAUGCCGCGGUGAGGCUCAAGGAAGAGAUGGCGGGGAGUGCUGAAGCUGUGUUGGAUUCAGGUGUAUAUGCGACACUUGUACGGGCAUUGUUCCGGGUAGGGAGGAAGGGUGAGGUAACUGGAUUGCUAGAGGAGAUGAAGGGGAGGGGGAUUGUGGCUGAUAGGGUGGUGUACAAUGCAAUGAUCGCAGGCUUCUGCGAGGAUGAGAGGGAUCCAAGUGCUGCAUUUGCAGUGCUUGACGACAUGAAGAAGAGUGGGAACAAGGCAGAUGCGGUGACCUAUAAUACGCUGGUUGCGGGUCUGUGCAAGUUGGGGCGGUGGCCGGAUGCUGCUGAAUUGGUCGAGGAUAUGCCGAGGCAGGGGUGCUCUCCGGAUGUGGUUACCUACAGAAUGCUCUUCGAUGGAAUGUGUGCUGCUGGGGAGUUUCUUGAGGCAGAUCAGGUUUUCAAUGAGAUGGUUUUCAAGGGUUUUGCACCAAGCAAGGAUGGUGUGAGGAAGUUUGUUCAGGGGGUUGAGAGGGGAGGAGAUGUGGCGUUGCUGGAGUUAGUGUUGUGCAGGCUAGCGAAGGUGAAUGCUUUGGAGUCGAGUGGAUGGGAGAAGGCUGUGAGUGGUGUGCUGAAUGGUCCCUCAAAGUUGAGGCUAGAGAAGCAGCUAGAUUCUUUACAAAUUGCUUGAGUAGACAUUAUAGCGGAUUUGAUCAAUACAGUGUUGUUGUGAAAAAUGACAAGCUUGGCCAUGGAACGAAGAACGUACCUGUUGCCCCGGACA